AUGAAGAGCAAGCGCGCAAGAGAGGCCGCCGAGGUUGACGAUAAGCCCAUUGCUUCUGUUGAUUCUGAGGCCCCAGCCAAGAAGCGCAAGCGCAGUGAGGAUGAUGGUGCCGAUCUGAAGAAGGCUAAGAAGGAGAAGAGAGACAAGAAGUACAAGAAGGAAUCGCGCAAGGAGCGCAAAGAGAAGCGCAAGAACCUCCAGGACCUCCCCGAACAGGACGAUGACGAAGAGGCGGCCGAAGAUGCUCCAAUGGUUGAAGCUGAUGACAAGCCUGCGGAUGCGCCAGUAGAGGCAGAUAAGCCUGCGAAGAAGGACAAGAAGAAGAACAAGGACAAGAAGGCCAAAACCGACGAGUCACAACAAAAGGAUGACGCCAGCGCCGACGCCCAACCUGAGGAGAAACCCAAGGAGGAACCAAAGAAGAGCAAGAAGGACAAGAAGAAGCAAAACAAGACACCCGAGACAACGACCACCAACGAUGAAUCUGCUGCCGGCGUUGAUGCAGAGGCUGCCGAUGGCAAAGGAGACCGUCACAUUGUCUUCGUCGGCAACCUGCCCUUCACCGCCACCGCCGAAACAAUCAAAGCCCACUUUGCCUCUCUCAACCCAGUGUCAGUUCGCUGCAUGAGCGAUCCCAAGGAUAGCAAGCCCUGCCGUGGCUUCGCCUUUGUCGAGUUCGAGAAGGUCUGGCAUAUGCGAACAUGUCUCGACAAGUUCCACCACUCCGAGUUCUCGGAUGGUGUCUCUUAUCCCCGCCGCAUAAAUGUCGAGUUGACUGCCGGUGGAGGUGGCAAGACAAAGCAGCGCCAGGACAAGAUCAAGGAGAAGAACCGCAAGCUCGACGAGAACCGUGCCAAGCGUAUUGAGCGUGAGAGGACGGCAAAGGAAGAGAACAAGGGCAAGGGUGACACUCGCAAAGCUGGAGAGGAUGGUAUUCAUCCAAGUCGACGUGCCCACAUUCCUGGGAACCGCUGGUAG